AUCACAGAAGUUCUGUGAUUAGACCACAUGGACUGUGAUUAAAGAUUUUACUAUUCUAUUUUUAUGUGAUAUAAUUUUAUUAUUAGACUAUGGCCGUACAGAAGACUACAGUUAAAAAAUUAUUGUCUAAAAAAAAAGCUAAUUAAUAAUGUCACCUGUGAAAGGGAAGUGCAUGCAAAUGUGUCCCAAGGAGGAGAUUACCUUGUGGGCGAAAACAUCAACAUUCCAUACAUCUGUUGGAAAAUGAUCCACAAAAAAUGGUAAAAUGUUUUAGUCGUUCGGCUGCAGGUUGUUUAUUAGACAAACCACAUCUUUUAAGACCUCCAUCAGUCUUGAUAGAUACUAUUUCAUAUCUUAUUAAAGAUGUACUCAAAAUUACAACUGUAACAUUUAAUAUUGUGUACGAUUUUAUUGAUGAUCGUUUAAAUGCUGUAAGGCAAGAUGCAACAAUACAAGAAGUGUCUAAUCAGGAUUGGAUUGCUAUUUUACCACCUAUUAUUCGAUUUCAUGCAUAUGCAGCUUAUAAAUGCUAUGAAUAUGAUGUAAAUACAUUUGAUCCAUUUUUAAACAUGAAACAUUUUCAUGAGUGUAUUUUUAAAUUGAUUAAAAUAUUAUUAACUGAAUCCAAUGAAUUAACUGAUGAACUUAGUUCUGAAAUGGUAUCUCUUCUGAUUACAGCCAAUUUAGGUGACUAUAAUGUUCUUCAACAAGCUUUACCGUUUAUAUCAAAAAAAAAUAUUUUAAUACAAAAAGCAGUGCAGUUAUCAUUAAGUAUAAUGAAUGGAUAUUUUGGAUUGUUAUUAAAAACAUACAAUGAGUUUCCAAAAAUCCAUCAGUGUGUUAUAAGCAUUCAGCUACCGUUACUUAGAAAGUAUAUUUUAAGAUCUAUGUGUUCAGGAUUAAAUUGCAAAAAUAAUCACUAUCCAAUAUCAAAUUUAACUAUUAUUUUGCUUCAUGAUGAUAAUCAGAAAACAAUAAAAGAAUGCAAUCAUUAUUCUCUAACUGUGCUUGAUGAUAAAGCAGAAUUAUCUAAAGCUUCAUUUAAUAAUCAAGUAGAUGAGUUACAUCUGAAAAAUAAUAUAGAACUUAAUGUCAAUAUAUCAACAAUGAUUCUAAAUUCUUGAAUAAAUGCAUUCCAUAUGUUGAGGUAUAUUAAAGUGUGACGUUGGUUUGCUUCAAUCACUGAUUAAUGCUACGGUUAAACACUGUUGAACAUGGUAAGCUGCCAAGACUAAGAGUUUUUCCGAGAUGACUAUAAAAUAGGCUGUCAACUACUGUCAGUCAAUGCCAUAGUUGCUAAGGCUUUAAUUAAAAAAAAAAAUAUUGAUGUUACUACUAUUAAAUAUAUAGUUAAUUAUAUAUUUGAAA